AUGUUACCUCUGCCCAACCUGGACCCACUCAGUGCAAAGCCCCUCUCUCUCCCCCAGUUCCCCGGAUUUGACGACCUCUACUGCAAGUUCUGCUUCGUCUACGGCCAAGACUGGGUUCCCACAGCAGGCCUGGAGGAGGGCAUUUCCCAGAUCACCUCCAAGAGCGAUGUCGCUCCCACCACGCUCGUCUGGAACUUCCCCAUCGACAUUACCUUCAAGAGCACCAACCCGUCCGGCUGGCCGCAGAUUGUAGUGAGCGUCUACGGACCUGACUUUUUUGGAAACGAUGUGGUCCGAGGUUAUGGAGCUGUUCACGUUCCCUUCACGCCCGGAAGGCAUACGAGAACCAUCGCUAUGUUUGUUCCAGAGUCCACAUCUAGGCUGCAGAAGUUUACUAGCUGGUUCACAGGGAGACGUCCGGAAUUUACUGACCCCAAAGUGGUAGCACAGGGAGAAGGACGAGAAGUAACGAGGGUACGAUCUCAAGGCUUUGUGACCAUUUCCUUCAACGUAGUGACCAAAGAUAUGAAGAAGCUGGGCUAUGACGUGAGCCCAAGCGACAUGCAGAACCCUUCUCUGGUGCCCGUUAUGGAAGGGAUUCCCAAGUACUGAACUCGGGUGCGAGAUGCUUCAACGGCUCACAGAGAAGUUUAAGCGCUUGGGGGCUUUUUGUGGCAAAGGGAAACGAGUUUCUGACUAAACUGAGAAAAUCUCACUAGAGACCAUUAUUCCAAAAGAAACACAAGCCCAUGAGGCUUUGGAAUAAUUACCUGAGUAUAAUCCUUUCAGUAAGCAUCCAGGUGGAAGUAUUAUGUAAAUUAAUGUCAUCAGAUAACUUUAGCAUUUUUAUGAGUAGUAGCAGACUCAAAAUAAGACCUGUAACAAAGUAGGUUUUAUACCAGCCUUUUGUACACGCUUUGUAUACUUAAAGGAUAGGAAAGUUUAGAGUUGCAGCGGUUUUCCUGUGUUUAAAACAUCCUUGCAAACCCAGUUCUUUUUACUGGUGUUUUUUGGGGUAGAAAUGGGAAAUCAAAGUUAUUGCACCUCCCAAAAAGGAGGGGACAUGGAAACGCUCCAGUGAAAGGCACACACACUUCUCUGUGCCAUGUGCUUCCCUCCGCAAAAGCAACAGCAGCUUCCUUUAUAACCCCACGUAGCCCUUUGGAGUUUGUGCACCCAGUUAGGAUAGCUCGUGCACUGUAGGAACGAACCUUUCCACCUCUUUCAGUGAAGCAACCCAGGCGUUUGCAUUUAGGACAAGAUGAUGCCUCUUCCAUUUGCACAUUUAAUUUCUGCAUCAAGCUUCAGGAAGAAAAAAAAAUAAGGAUGGACAGCGGUUUGUUUUAGAGGAGCUGGAGAGCCCGCGGAGUUAAACGUACCCGUAUUGCACUUAACUUCUGCUAGAACAAAUUGCAUUUUCAGUGCAGAUAUCGACUAAGAAAUAAUAAACUUUAGAGAAGGCUCUGCAAAGAAAGUAGAGUCUCGGUAAGCCAGCAACACGUGCAGCCAGAAGCAGCGUUCAGCUCCACGUGAGGCAGCAGAGGCGCGGGGCAGCGGCAGGGCCUUCUCCUCCCGUCAGCAGGUCCCUCCAGCCAGCGCAUCGUGCCGACAGCGUACCGUGGCUUUCCUCAGCCACUGUCCUUACCGAAAGAAAGGCCGUCAAAAAGCAACAGAGCCACGUUCGACACUGCUCGACUCGGGUUUUCUUCCCCGUCGUGUAACCCCGGAGGAGGAUCGGAACGGUGUUGGCUGCGACUCGUGUGUGAGCGGAGCUGCAAAGCUGAAGCGCUGGCCUCGGUCCGGAGAGCGAGCUUCUCCUCCUCAGCCAUACCACAGCCUCUCACCAAACCCCCCCGAGCUAGCGCUAGCGCUCUUCAUCUAGGCUGAAUAAACCCAAUUGUCUAAAUAUAUUUGUUUGUCUUCUACUGCUAGGGUUUCUGUUUGUGCCAGAACGGAUGUUUCCAAGCCCUAAA